AUGUACGGACCAUAUCCGUAUCCGCCAGGUAUCCCCGUUCCCUUGUUUUUUUUUGAAUCAAGGUUUUCAGAGGUUGCUGAGAUGAUUCAAGCGGGAGGCUUCCCAUUUGCCAUGAUGAACCGUGGCAUGCCGCCACCGCCGCAAUGGGGCCAGUAUCCGAUGAUACACCCGUACGAAUUACAGCAGAUGCUUCGAGUAAGCGAUUCUUCCGUUUUCCACUCUCAUAGGUCACCGCUCUUCCUUCCAACAUUCCUCAUGCUGCUCAGUUUUUUUUACCGAGAGAGAAAGAGAGAGAUAUCAGAAAAUUGGAAGAGAAGCGAGCAGGAAACGUUGGCCAAUGUGCUGGAUUAAAAAACGGCUAGAGAGUGGUAAUGGGAGUGACAGCUGAAGGCCGCCCGAGUAAACUGUGUGGACAAAGUUUAUCUGGCCUGACCUACAUUACAUCAUAGAACCAACACAGCGUGUCUCUUGUUAUCUGUCUGGCAAACGAAUAGAGCACAACCGUAUCUGGCAAUUGCCAUUCUAGUGUUUUCUAUCAGCCACACCCAAGUUAUUCUACUAUGAACUUCAAUGAUUUGUUCACAUUGAACUCUCACACCUAAUCUGCAGUCACCAAGUAAGAUAUAAGUGUCAGGAAUACAUAAGCUCAUGGCCGUGCCAAAUCCAUCACGUUUGCAGCAGUUUCAACAAAUGGGAAUGGGCCAAUACCAACACGACAGCCCGCCGCAGCUCCGCAAAUUGUUCAUCGGUGGCCUGAGCCAUGACACGACGGACGAGCAGGUUUGUUGAACACAUGACGGUCGUCCGGGGAAAUCUCAUGUUCACCCAUUUGUAGCUCGGCAACUACUUCUCGCAGUGGGGACCCGUCGUCGACGCGAUCGUCAUUCGUGAUCCGAAUACGAAGCACUCGCGUGGCUUUGGCUUCGUCACUUUCGCAUCGAUUUUCAGCGCCGAGUCGGCGAUGAAGGAUAGACCACACGUGUUGGGCGGAAAGACGGUGAGUGGCUGAACAACUGCUCGGCUUGGCGGGGCGGAGAACGAAAACGCCAAAGUUCACUUUUAGGUCGACUCGAAGAGAGCGAUUCCGCGUGAACAAAUGUCUUCGAUGAUUCCUCCGCCGUUUUUCGAGACCGACCCAGCUCCAGGGUGCAAACUGCUGCUCAGCGGAAUCACCCACGGAGUGCAUUCCGUUGACUCGCUUCGAAUCUACUUUGAGACUUUUGGAACGCUCGACCAAGUCGAGAUCCUUGGACAACCACGUGGACUCGGUUUCGUGAUCUACGAGGACAAGGAGUCGGCUGACCGUUGCUUGGCACACAAUGGCGGUCGUCACAUCGUGAACGAGCGCAAGAUUGACGUGCGCGUCUUCACCAAGCAUCCGAACGGAAGCACCUACUGGAAGCGUCCACAGGCGCAAACCCACUCUCGUGAGCUCUAUGAGCAACUCUCGCAUCUUAACAUAAAGGACGGAGACCGCAAGAGCACUGGCAACAGCAGCUCUGCAGCGGAUACGCCGCAAAACUUUGAUGAGGAUAGCAACUACGGAGGAACUACAACUGAGGUACAGCUAAUCGCGGAAACUGGGGUUAAUCUGGAAAUUUGCAGGAUGACUGCACCGCAUUUGAUCAUGAGGAAGGAUCGUCCGAGGACAGCUCAACAGAGCAGACUUCUUCUGAUGACAAGGAGAACUCGCAAUAA